AUGCCUAUUAUGGAAAUCCACCACUCUCAUGAGCAUGCACUUGAUGAGAUACACCCAUUUCCUUCAAACCAAGGUCUGGUACUAGCGGGUGCUGUUCAACAGAUAGGAACUUUUGUGCUGCCCCAAGGAUCUCAUAUUUCCAUUACCCAUAGGGGCCAAGAAUACCAGAGACAGAAUAGACAACAGAUCGUGGUCCAUACGACCCUCCCAAGAGGGUAUACACCCACCGGAAACUCCGAGCUACUGCAGCAACCCCAAGCGCAGGCUCAGGCUCAGAUUGAUAGAACCCGGGCUCAAAUUGCUGAUGUUCAGGCUCAGGCUGCUCUGACUCAGGCUCAUACAACUUUAACUCAUGCUCAAACUUCCCUAACUCAUGCUCAAACUUCCUUAGCUCAUGCCCAGUCUGCUCGCCAUCGAGCUCAGAUCCAAGCCCAGGACCAUCCUUCCACUAUUAUUGUUGUAAGGGGCCACUCCACUCAUCAAGGUCAAAACCAUUUACAGGCGCGAGUGGAAUCUCGUUAUAGCCCCGGGCCUAUCUUAUACGAGGUAUCCCAGCCACAUGUUACAAAUUCUUGUCAAAAUUGUGAUGGCAUAUGCUAUGUCAUUCUAUAA